UAGAUGUCUCGAAGUUGCUUCCUUGUCAAAUGGACAGAUUACCUGUCAUAUGGUACUGACCUGAAUUCCUUGGGGUAGACCUUGAUCACAAGGUCAUUUCUUAAAUGACCAACAAGGAAGUCCACACCCCAAUGUAGAGUCAUCGGAACCGGUUAAUAUGCAAUUAUAACAUAUUUUUGUUUGUUUUCUCAUUGACCAAAGUAAUUGUGGCUAGCGAAGGAUUAGGUUCAACAUAUUUGGAAUACCACUUUCGAUACUAAGUGGUGUCUGUGAAGAUUUCUAGUUGCAAUGCAGCUGCUAACUGGUUUUAUAAUAGUUCUUGCCUGCAUUUCUUUUGGUAAAUGUCAAUUUGUAAGAACAUAUCCUCGUUCUGCGUUCGAAAAUGUUGGAUUAGGUGAAGCACCACGUGGUGUUUACAUUCCACAAGAUUCCUUUUUGAAUGCUCUUCGCAAUCCAUCCUACAGAGCACCCGUGUCACCCAUAAACUAUGGAUACAAUGUGCCACAGCAACCAUUUUCAGUUCAGGCAGCACCAGCAACAACAACCACUCAACAUAAUGCACUGCCAACAAGCACGGACAUGCAAGAGAUGGAACCGAAUAAUGAAGAUCGAGGACCGCGCAGAAGAAAAAUACAUAGGAGAAGAAGAAUUUUCAACGAGCAAAUCGGAUCCCCCCAGAUUUAUUCACCUUCAGAGUUUCAAAACAUUCCAUUAGGUGAAGUUCCCGCUGGUGUCUACAUUCCACCAGAUUCUCUUCUAAACGCCUUACGUACUUCUCGUUCUAGAGUAUCAUACCAAGGGCCCGAAAUGAGAUCUAAUGUGAACGGCAAUUUUGGAUUGACAGGAAAUCAAGGACCAGUGAAUGAGCAGCGACAACAAAUGAAUCCUGUUCUUCAAUCAGCUGCUCCUAGUAUUCAAUAUGUGGCUCCAUCAGCAGAUCUUGAUGACGGAGAUUACGGUAGGAGGCAACCUUCACCUUCAAGGAGACAGCAACAGACCCAAGGAAGGCGGAUGCCAUCAGUCCGACCGCCUUCAUUGGUACUUGAUCCCUCAAUGGAAUAUCCUGCAGAUAAACCCCGCGAAGAAAUGCAGUCAUUGCCUCGAACAGUGGAAGAAUACUAUGAUUUGGAAGGAAACAAAAUGCAAGAUUCCAGUGCGACUAGGCAACAAAGACGGAAACCAUCUCAACGAAGAAGAACACAAACCAGAGCGAAACCAGACUAUAUAGAACCGGUGUACCCACCCAGAACGUAUUCACCAUCAGUGUUUCAGAACAUAGGAUUCGGUGAAGCACCCCCUGGUGUUCACAUACCAAGUGACUCUCUUCUAAACACAUUAAGAGACCAGAGUCCACGAAGACAGACACCACGAGCAUACGAACCACAAGAAUCUUACGAUACGAGAGCUUCGGAAGACAGGACAGAAGCAAGAGAAGAACACAUGCAAGAGGUUGCACCACAGCACAAUGCCCAGGCAAGAAGAAAUGCUUCGCGACAAAGAUCGCGCCAGAGCCAACCGUCUGAUGUAACAGAAAAUCGAGAAUAUGGUUCCAGAAGCAGGCAACAAGAGCCAGUACUGAGUUUUCGAGAAUCUAGUCAACAAAGGCAAAGGUCACAUAGAAGGAAUGCUGAUAACUGAAGAUAUCUAAGUGAAGAAUAACAAUGUUCAUUGAUUGAACUGUUCAUAAAUGAUCAAGCGCUAUGUUAAUAGAUGAAAUAUGGAAUUUCCUUUUACGCGUAGAAUUAAAGAGUGUUGCAUCAUGACGUGGAAGAUUCAAGCAGUUGGACAUUGGAGUAUUUAUGAAAUGUAGUAAAAAUAGUUCUAACGAGGCCAAAUGUAUGACUCACUCAUGCAAUUUUUAUUAUGUUGUUUAUUUUUUUGUACUGAUAAAUGUCUUUUGUAUAAAAUAAAUGUCUUUUUUAGUAA